UCAGACCGCCUGGCGGGUCUUGGGUUGUUGUGGUGACCUGUCACAGUUUUGUAAAAUCGAAUAACGUUAUUGAAGACAAUGGCGUCGUUUGUGACUGAAGUGCUCGCCAGCUCUGGCAAACUGGAGAAAGAGGACCUGUCCAGUAAAAUAAGCAGUAUGUCGCGCAAGGUGGAAGAUACAAAGGAGGAAGUUUGUGACAUGAUAAACAAGAAGUAUAGUGACUUCCUACCUAGUCUUCAAGGAUCUGAGGAGCUUAUGGUACAGGUCGAUGCGGUCUCCAAAGAAAUGGAUGUCCUUAAAAAUUGCAUUGAGACUGAGGUGCAGCAGAAUAUCCAUGUGGCUGUGGCUGAGUAUGCAAAGCUGAAGCAGCAGCUGGAGAAAAACACUAUCAUUCUAACAAUGCUUGGGCACCUAAAAGAGUUUCACAAUGCAAUGGAGGAGUUCAGCAAAGCUUUACUGGACAAGAAGUAUGUUGAUGCAGCCAACCAGCUGGAAACGGCAAGGGCCAGUGUGGAUUCACUCAAGGGCUGGAAGACUUCCCAGCUGCCACUGCUCAGUGCUCUCAGCUCUGAGUUGACUGUCCAGAGAGAAAACUUAAUUUACCACCUGGGAGAUGAAUGGAAGGGCCUCGUCAUCUGGAGAUUACCAACCUCAAAGGUGACUGUUGGAUCUGUACUACCAGAGCCCGCAGAUGUGAAGUCCUUAAUGAAGGUGGAACUGCGCCUGAGCCAUGCUUGCAGUAAGGACGGUGAACCAAAACCACCUGCUCUGCUGCACUGCGUCCUGCAGGCUCUGGCCAUUCAGGGAGACCUUCAUCACAAGAUCAAACUCUUCAGUCAGGUGCUGUUGAAGACCAUGCUGAAGCCGCUGGUGAUGGACCCGUCACUGUCAGUGAGGGUAACAGAGCAGCAGAGUGAGGGAACCAUCCUGGCCUUACAGUGUUUGAAGGAGAGCCACGAAGAGAGAUCCACUCCUUCACAGGUCUACACCAAACUGCUGCUGGUGCUCAAGACACUGCACUCAAACCUGCUAGAUGUUUCCAUCGGUGAUAAAAAGCUUUCGGCCAUCUUGGGGGAGAUGAUUUGGGAGGAGAUUUCCCAGUGCAUCAUCCACGAGUGUUUGCUCCACUCCAUCCCCACCAACAGUAGCCAGCUGGACAAAUACAACACUGUGAUCAAGGAAACUGAGGAGUUUGAGAAGUCUCUGAAGGAGAUGGAGUAUCUGCAGUGUGAUUCCACAGACCUGCUCAAAUAUGCCAGAGAUGUCAACUGUCACUUUGCAAGCAAGAAGUGCAAGGAUGUCAUCGUGGCAGCCCGCAAACUCAUGACCUCCAAGAUGCACAACACUGUGAAAAUCACACCAGACUACAAGCUGCGUCUUCCCAAGCUGCCUUCUCCUGGAUCAGAGGUGAAAGUGAAGCAAGAGACCACCAAGGAAGGGAUUACAAUGGAGAACGCAAAGCAGCUGUCUGCGUGGAGUCUGUGUCUGCCAGCCUGCCGCAUCAGUGAGUCGGUGCAGCAGCUGAUGGAGCUGGCACUAAACACCCUGUGUGAAGCUGUUGGAAGCUCCACACAAUGUGCAUUGCAACUAUUCUUCACUGUGAGAAACAUCUUCCAGCUGUUCUAUGACGUUGUACCGACGUACCACAAGGAGAACCUGCUCAAAUUCCCUCACCUGGCAGCCAUCCAGCACAACAACUGCAUGUACCUGGCCCACCACCUGCUCACCCUGGGCCACCAUUUCAGAGCUCACCUGCCGCAGCCUCUCAGCGAGGGCGUUGCAACAUUUGUUGACAUGGUUCCUGGAUUCAGGAAACUGGGUGCCCAGUGCUUUUUAGCACAGAUGAAUGUCCAGAGAGCUGAACUGUUGGAGAGACUUUCCACCGCUCACAACUUCUGCAACCUGGAUGAUGAAGACAACUACAUUGCAGCCAGCAAAGCAGUAAGACAGGUCAUCCAUCAGUUGAAGCAGUUAGGUACAGUGUGGCAGGAUGUCCUACCAGUCGGCAUCUACUGUAAAGCCAUGGGCAACCUCCUCAACACAGCCAUCACAGAGGUCAUUGCCAAAAUCAUGAUGCUGGAGGAUAUUUCCUCUGAGGAUGGGGAGCACCUCCACACUCUCUGCCAAACCAUCAUCGAGGAAGGUCCGCUGGUCUUCAUUCCUCUGGCUGAGGAAAACAAGAACAAGAAGUAUCAGGAGGAAGUGCCUCUCUAUGUGAAGAAGUGGAGUACCUUCAAGGAGCUGGUCAUCGUUCUGCGGGCCAACCUGCAGGAGAUAGUCGACAGGUGGGCUGACGGUAAAGGUCCGCUGGCGAUGGAGUUCUCCUGUUCGGAGGUGAAGAAUCUGAUCCGAGCCUUGUUUCAGAAUACGGAGAGGAGAGCUGUAGCUCUGACCAAAAUUAAAUAGAUACUUGGAGCAAAUGACCAGAAAGAACGAUACUAUAGCACUUUUUCCUUUGAGGAAAAUAUGAUCCAUGCCUUAUUCAUUUCCAUUUUCCAGUUGCGUUAAAUAUAUACAUUUACAUGUAUGUAGGUUGAACAGUUUGUCACAGAGAAAUGGUUGCCCUGUCUGAUGGAGGGGGUGUCGCUGAUUAUAUCAGCUGGUUGUAAUCAAUCUGUGGGAAAUGUUCCUUCUCGGACUGCAAUUAGUCCUACAGAGAUUACAUUAAGGCUUCUUUACGUCAGCAUCCCGUAGCCUCGGUCAUAUAGUUUUGUGGGCUUACCACUACAAAGCAAACUGAGGUUGUGUAAGCUUGCCAUCUGUUGACAUGUGAUGUUGUGUCCAGGGUUAACUUUGCUACACAUUAUUAAUCAAACUUCAUCUGUAGCUUGUUUCAGAGGUCUCAGCUUUGCAGUACUGAUGUCAUUUCAGGAGAGAGAGUUUCUUUGGCGAUGUUUAUUUCAACCUCAAUGCCUCUAAAUAACCAUUUAGUUCUGACACAGACACCCUGGACCUUCCAUCUCUUAAGAUUUCUUUUUGUACAAGCCAUUAAACUGAACUCUUCUUAAAUGUAUUUAUUACUUGUCCAAAUAAACCAAAAUACUCAGCUUUUCAGAACCUUU